CAGUUUGCAAGACGCAAUCUGAGUCACUCAGUGCUGGUGUGGAAGAGUGCAAGGGAGAUAAAAAGGUGGAAGCUGGUCCUUGUAGAGCUUGUCAGAGAGUCAGUGACGGGUUUUUUUUUGUUUCCUCCCCCACCUUACCGCAUCCCCUCUUCUUAUCGUAACUCGCCUCGUGUGCUCCAAUCCAACACCACCUCCAACUGAGAUAAUUGCAGCAGCCAUGGUCCAGCAGGACCCUAACGAGGUUGCACUGCUGGUGAGCAGCCUGGAAGCUGCCAGCGGGAAAUCCAGGGGCCAUGCGAAGUCAUCUUUCACAUGCAAAAAGUCCACUUUCGCCGUAGCCGGAACGAAGGAUGUGACGGUGGACUCGUGGAAGUUCAUGGACUGGGAUUACAAGCGCCGAGAUCUUCCUACUUAUGCAAGAGGACUGUUCACAACAGAAAGGCAGGAUGGGACACCCGAGAUUGCGGUUCGGGGGUACGACAAGUUCUUCAAUGUGGAUGAAGUGCACCAAACCGUAUGGCAGAACAUUCAACAGAACACACGGGGUCCGUACGAGCUGAGCGUGAAAGAGAAUGGAUGCAUUAUCUUCAUAUCCGGCUUGGAGGAUGGCACGUUGCUGGUCUGCAGCAAGCAUUCGACCGGUGUGAGAAGCGACGCAGAAGUGAGCCAUGCCCAGGCCGGCGAACGAUGGGUCGAGCACCACGUCUCCUCGGUUGGCAAGUCGGCCAGAGAUCUUGCAAGAGAGCUGCGCAGACUGAAUGCUACCGCCGUUGGAGAACUAUGUGAUGACAGCUUCGAGGAGCAUGUGCUCGCCUACGAUGAAGCUGCAUCGGGUAUCUACAUCCACGGCAUCAACUUCAACGUACCCGAAUUCGCGACGUUGCCCAGUGCAGACGUGCACAAAUUCGCUGAUGCCUGGGGGUUCAAGAAAGCAAACUUCCUUGUCCUUGAUGAGAUUCACACCGUGAAAAGCUUCCUGGAAGAAUGUGCCCAGACGGGGACCUGGAACGGUCGGGAAACCGAAGGGUUUGUGAUUCGGUGUCAGCUCAGCGAAGACGGCGGUAAACGCCCCUACCGCGACUGGUUCUUCAAGUACAAGUUCGAGGAGCCCUAUUUAAUGUACAGACAGUGGCGUGAAUGCACCAAGGCCGUCAUUGGCGGCAAACUCCCUAGAAUCAAGAAGCACAAGCAGAUCACUGAAGAGUAUCUUCAAUACGCACGCCGGCAGCUCAACAAGAAUCCUCAACUUGCAAAGCUCUACAAUCAGAACCACGGCAUCAUCGCGAUGCGCGAUGGGUUCCUCAAAGAACGGGGCCUGAAGGGAUCCGAUAUCAUCGCCAUGGAAAAGCAGGGCGAAGGCAGUGGCGGCGUGACAAAGAACGUCAUCCUAGCCCCUAUCGCCUCGCUCGGCUGUGGAAAAACCACGGUAGCGCUUGCUCUCGUCAAACUAUUUGGCUGGGGCCAUGUCCAAAACGACAAUAUCCCCAAGCAGAAGAACAAGCCCAAGAGGUUUGCGUUUGACGUCUGCAGUCUGCUGUCCGACCACCCGGUCGUGAUUGCCGACCGCAACAACCAUCAGAAGCGGGAAAGACAGCAGCUCAUGGACGAUGUGCUGCCUGUGCUAUCAGAUGCGCGGUUCGUGGCUCUGCACUGGGUACACGAACCCAAGGGCGAGCUGCUGCCGGGCAUCAGAGAGGUGACCCGGCGACGCGUACUGGAACGAGGCGACAACCACCAAACCAUCCGGGCCGGAAGUAAGGGCAGUGAGGAGGUCAUCGGGAUCAUGGAGGGCUUCCUCACCCGGUUCGAAGGCGUCAACACCGAGCGCGACCCGGACCGACACUUCGACCAAGUUAUCAACCUCAACGUGGCCUCUUCGUCUCGCGAGAACCUCGAAAAGAUCGUCCGCAGCCUGCACGCCGCUUACCCUGCCAUCGUGGAACGGGUGCCCUCAGCACAGGAGCUCGACGAUGCCAUCGCAGCCGCCAUGACCGACUACCACGUCGAUGUAGACCUCAGCGGCGGAUAUGGCCCGAAGAAGCCCAAGGAGAAGAAGCCUGCCGCCGCCGCAGGAGCAGGAGCAGGACAAGGCCAGCAACAGCAACAGCUCCUCGACCCUGAAACCCUCGCCAAGAAGAUCGAAUACUUCUCCAUCUCCGUCCCCACAACCGACAUCCUGACCGUCUUGCAUUCUAUCUUCUCGGAUCCAAGCCUAAGCAAUUCCCCCGAGAAGACACGCAUGUACCACCAUCUCGUCAACAGCCGCUGCCUGCAGCCCGCCUUCCACGUCACUCUGAUCCAUCGCGCCUCCAAAUCGGAGCACCCGCAUCUAUGGGAGCGGUAUACAGAGCAAUACAUCGCACGGAUAAGAGAAAUCCAGCACCAGAAUAUUGCGACACCCACGACGUCAACUACCCCCACAUUAGCUUCUUUGCGUGUCCGCAUCGAACGGCUCGUCUGGGACGACCGCGUCAUGGCCUUUAUCGCGCGUAUCUUGCCCGCAGACGACAGCCAGCAAACCCUCCAGCAGGAGUGGGUCUGUGCCAAUCGAUUCCCGCAUAUCACGGUGGGCACCGCCGCGCCGGAGGUGAAGCCCAAGGAAAGCAACGACCUUUUGCAGCGGUGGGUGACCGGGGGUUCAGGGCCGGGCACGGGGAUCUGGGAGGCAGAGGUUCCCGGUGUGAAGGUUGUGUCAGGGGUGGUUACUGUUGUGAUGAGGAGAUGAAAAAAAAGAACAUGCAAUACAUUACAUAGUAGAUACAAUGACCAGUCACAUGCAUGAUGGAUUAUGAAUAUAAUGUUCAGUGUAAGUGUGCUAGCGAUAGUAAAAAUAAAGUAUAUAUACAUCAAGUCAUCCAGGCAGAGACGCGCUGCGCACCGAAGCGACCCAUGAACUGCAGCCCAGUGCUCCCCAUUGGAAAGUAGCUGACCAGGUACCAGACAAGUGUGGCGAGCUGUAAGAUGGAUGAGAUGAGGGUGAGCAGCGUGGAAUGGAGCUAUAGUUGUGUUAGAAUAGACUGUCCUGCCUG